AUGAACGGUGGAGAAAAGGUGGUCUGUGUCACCGGAGCAUCCGGUUACAUAGCGUCUUGGAUCGUUAAGCUUUUGCUCCUCCGUGGCUACACCGUCAAUGCCACGGUUCGAGAACCAAAUGACCAAAAGAAAACGGAUCACCUUCUUGCACUUGAAGGCGCAAAAGAAAGGCUCAAGUUAUUCAAAGCAAAUCUUUUAGAAGAAGGUUCUUUCGAGCACGCAAUUGAUGGAUGUGAUGCUGUCUUCCACACCGCCUCACCGCUUACACUCACUGUCUCUGAUCCACAGCUAGAGCUGAUCGAGCCAGCCGUCAAGGGCACUAUUAACGUCCUAAAAAACAUGCACUAA